UAUCAUCAUGUUGACUCAAAGAUGUCCAGCAAUAAUGAAAAAAGUGGAAUUUGGAAAUAUCUCAUUAGGCUUGCAAAGACAGAGCUCUCAAAGAGAAUUGAUGAUACAAUAACAAAAUAAUGAUGUAUUACAGGAGAGGAUGAAGUUGAAGUAUAUUAGAAUUCAAUAUUAGAUUGCUGAAUCAAAGGCUGCAAACAUAGAGCAAUGACAAUCCCAUUAGGACGGAUCUGUCGACUGCCGAGGGAUUGCAAUUAUAAGAAAAUAAAUCGGAUGAGAAAAAAUAAAAAUUUGACAAAUUAAAAAGGUAACCACCCACCUUCUUCGAAAAGAUACCCAAGGAUCCACUCACUUUAAUGAAUUCAACCAGAAAAAACAAGUACAUUCAAAUAAAUAUUUUGGCUAAAUCGAAAUAAGCAGUAAAGGAUCAUAUAAUCAAUAAUAAUUUGCCUCAGCAAUCUCCCGCUUAGGAUGCUGCUGUUAGAGAACUUUUGGACAGCUUUCAGACUUAAUUCAAUUUUAGAACUGCCGUAGAUGCCAAAAAGAAGAGGUAGGUAGAAGAUCUCAAAGCAAAAUAUCUUAAAACAUUCUUCAUUAAAAAUAUUCCAACCAAAGAUAAAGUAGUCUACAAGUAUUAUGGGGAAAAUCAAUUUACUAGUUUUACUAAUAGAGAUGAACGAUUCAAGUUCUCCAGAACUUAAAUAAGAAAUGAAUGUUAUCAUAAACCAUUUACAUAAUCAUUUUAGACUCAAACUCAAACCUUUUGCAAUGAAAGUAGUAGCUGCACUGGAUAUUGCUAAUAUCUUAGAGAACUAUAUAAAAAAAAUCAUCAGAGUCUAAAACAUUUGUCAGAACUAACCUCCUCGAAUUGA